ACGGGGUUUGGCUCCUGGAUGCGGCGGCGGCGGAGGCUGCUGUGAUUCCUGGCGCCGCGCGCCUCGGUUGCCCGGGCCAUGGGGCGCAGCGUUGCCAGCUCGCCCUGAGCCGCCGGCGCGGGAGGACCCGCUCGCCACCUGCUGCUGCUGCUGCUGCUGUGUGGCUUUCCCAGCUGCAUCGGCGCCGCUGCCGCCCCUUGGCCCACCGGCCUCCGCCCGCCCCCUGCCCGGCUCCACGCUGGCCCUGACUGUGGUGCCUCCCUGGAUGCGCGCAUCGUCCUUGGCUGCCUGAGGAUGGAGCCCAGCGCGGGCAGCCUUUGCGAGUGAGCCCCGCUUCCCCGGCCACCGAGGGAAGGAGGGAGGUUGCCCUCUUUUGCCGUUCUGCUUUGCCCGGCGAGCCCCGGAUCGAGAUGGGGCUGGGAGCGGAGCCGGGCAUCCCUGCCAAGCCUCCCCUUUUCCAGCUGAGAAAAGUUCGCAAGCGGCGGGAGAUGCUGCUGCGACAGCUGGGCUUCAUCUGCGCGAUCCUCUGCUUUGCGUGGGGCAUGUCGACCCUGCUUUCUAAGCUAGGACAAGAGUCAGCUAUUGUCGACAAAAAUGUUGUGUCAGAAGCAUGGAGAAAUCGAAGAUUGAUGGCAUCAAAUAACAAGUCUCUUGAAAAAGGGAACUGCACGCAGCCAGCCAUUCGUGAAUUUCCUGAUGAUAUAUUUACAAACAAGCAAAGACAGCAAGGAGCCGUGCUGCUUCACAUCACUGGUGCUCUGUAUAUGUUCUAUGCCUUGGCUAUUGUAUGCGAUGACUUCUUUGUUCCAUCUUUAGAGAAAAUUUGUGAGAAACUACAUUUGAGUGAAGAUGUUGCGGGAGCCACAUUUAUGGCUGCCGGGAGCUCAACCCCAGAACUGUUUGCUUCAGUCAUAGGUGUGUUCAUCACUCAUGGUGAUGUAGGAGUUGGAACCAUUGUUGGUUCGGCAGUUUUCAAUAUCCUCUGCAUAAUUGGAGUCUGCGGGAUCUUUGCCGGACAGGUGGUUCGUCUGACCUGGUGGUCAGUAUGCAGGGAUUCAGUCUACUAUACAAUAUCUGUGAUUAUACUUAUUGUGUUUAUAUACGAUGAGAAAAUUGUAUGGUGGGAAAGCCUUGUACUCAUCAUUAUGUAUGUGUUCUAUAUACUUAUCAUGAAGUACAAUGUGAAGAUGCAGAACUUCUUCACAAUCAAAAGCAUGAAUGUUGGGAAUGGCAACACUGUCACCAGUGAACUGGAAGAUGGUAAUGAAUCUUAUGACAUUAGCUGUGAUGACCCAUCAAUGCCAUUGCUGUGGAAAGUAAAGGGAACGCAACAAUAUGGCCGAAACUCCGUGGUGAUGGUCGAUGAGAUAAUUUGUUCCAGUCCUCCAAAAUUCCGUUUUCCUGAAGCUGGCUUGCGAGUGAUGAUAACGAAUAAAUUUGGGCCGAGGACCAGGCUACGGAUGGCGAGCCGACUGAUUAUUAAUGAGCGCCAGCGACUGAUCCACUCUGCCAAUGGCAAAGUGAUCCAGAAUGGGAAACAUGAGAAUAUCGAAAAUGGGGCCAUCCAUGUUGAUAACCAGGAAGAGGAACAUGAACAUUUCAAUCAGUCUCCAUUUUCACCACCAGAUGGGAAAAUGAACAAAGUCAGAUGGAUUCUGACGUGGCCGUUGAUAUUCCUCCUUUUUUUCACUGUACCAAACUGCAGCAAGCCACGGUGGGAAAAAUGUUUCAUGCUGACCUUCCUUUUAUCUACUCUGUGGAUUGCUUUGUUUUCUUACUUCAUGGUGUGGCUGGUUACUAUUAUUGGAUACACUCUGGGGAUCCCUGAUGUUAUCAUGGGCAUUACUUUCCUAGCCGCAGGAACCAGCGUACCAGACUGCAUGGCCAGUUUAAUCGUAGCAAGACAAGGACUUGGUGACAUGGCUGUGUCCAACAGUAUUGGCAGUAAUGUGUUUGACAUUCUGGUUGGCCUCGGAGUACCAUGGGGCUUGCAGACUAUUGUGAUCAAUUAUGGCACAACUAUUAGGAUCAACAGCAAAGGACUAGUCUAUUCUGUUGCACUCCUCCUGGGAUCAGUAGCUCUCACUGUGAGUGGGAUCCACUUAAACAAAUGGAAACUUGACAAGAAACUGGGCUUCUAUGUCCUUUUCCUUUACGCCAUCUUCCUGUGUUUCUCGAUAAUGAUAGAAUUUAACGUCUUCACUUUUGUGAACUUCCCAAUGUGCCGAGAAGACGACUGAAACAAAACACCAGGCAUUUGUCACCUGGACCUAUUGAUGCUAUAAACGACAGGAGCCAUUUGCAUUUCUGCCUGCUUCUUACCCAAAACCUGAGCAUCUUUCCUGCUUUGUCACCUUGCAAAGCACAUUUCCUCUGCUGGCGAGGAAAACAGACAAGUCUUUAAACAGCAUACAAGCUCAAGGCUACCAAAGCAUUUCCUUCAUCUUUUGGGAUAUUACUGCUGUGUCAUGCAGCUCUUUGGAUCUCAUGCACAACUUGCAUUUUCAGCACUGUCUCCUGUUGUGGUUUUCAAGUCUCUCUUUUUUUAAGCAGACAACUGUUCGUCAGCACCAAAUUUUAAUAUGAAGACUGGAUGGGGGGAAAGCAUCCUUCUCUUGUGACAUUUAGCUUUCCAAAUAUCAGGAAAAGCAAACGAAUGCAGAUUUUUUUUCCUGUCUCAUUUAAAGCAACUUAGCCAUGAGCCGCAGUGAGCUUUGGCAUGCACUACAAAUGAUUUUCCUUCACCUUUCAAGUGCUCUGUUUAUAGACAACUUCCAGUGACACUGAAGAGUCUUUGGUGGUGUUGGAUAGCACUUCGUUGAUCUUUUUUAUUUGAAAAAAGAAUAUAUAUAUAUAUAUAUAUAUGAAAGACACAAGAACAAUUGCACCAAGGAAGAUGGAUAACACAGCACUUCCGAUGAUUUUCGCUCUCAUGUACAUUAUGGAACCUGAAACACUGCAAACUGGAUAUCCGUACUUGAAGAAAAAAAAAAGUUAUUUUACCACUGCUGAGGAACAAUUGCAAAUAUCAAGCAUGAUUAUAUAUGAAAUAUUAAGCUUGCAAGUCAAAACUUGUGCCAGCCCUCAUAAGCAUACUUUGUGAAUUUAGAGGAAAACUGAAAAGACUGAAAUUCUGGGUACUCAGUAACUAUGUGUGAGUUAUCAUCUGAAAAAAAAAAUGUGAGUCUUAAAUCCAGUCGCCUUCCAGUCUUAGUAGAUACACGAUGGCUUCGGGGUAUUUUCAUUUUCAUUUGAUUGAUCUGCUUCAAAACAUGCUGCACAAUCCCAAGGCAAAUUGUUCCAUUUUGAAGGCCACUCUGUCCAGCCCCAAAAGAGGAUAUGUGCUAACAUGAGAGGAUGGUGAAACAGUUGUGCAAUUGUUUCCCCGUGCACUCUAGCUCCCACUUCACAAAGCAGGCUCAUGUUUUAGCAAAGGUUUGUGUGAGCCAAUCAGUUGUAGCACAGUUUGUGAAACUGGAAUCUCCAUAUAUAUCGAAUGAAUCACAUAACACCGCACGGUAUAUGCAGAUGCACGCUUGUUACUACGUAACACAUUUGAGCCUGCUUUCUGGCUAAAAGCUAGGUCUGCUCAGUCAGCGCUGGAAAGAUCAUUAUCAGUGGAGAAGACAUCUAAGUUCUCCAUCUUUGGUCCAGUAAAGUGCUUGAGUACUGUAUGGGCAGUUACCUGGAGCAAAACAAGGUCUCUGCUGCCCUCGACAGCUUAGAGUUUUGCAGGAUGGAUUGUUGUGCUUCAGGGGUACAUUGGGAAUUAUUGUUGGCUUGAAUGAUAUGCAAGAUAUUUUUGUGACUUUGCAGCUGAGUUACAGAGUAAUCCUGACCUUGUUUACUUAGAAUUAAGUCCUAUUGAACUCAGUGGGGCUGACUCCCUAGCAAACGUGCUUAAGUUUGUCACUCCAGGCUCUCAACGCCCCUCGCGCCUCAAUCUGGUUUCUAUUUCACCAGCAGGCAUCAUGAAUGAAAGACAUCUGGAAUUUUACAGAUAUACUACUGAGAAGAGAACCUGACCUAUAAAACAAAUGAGUGAAAUCAAUGAAAAAUUUAUUUAUUCCCCACCCUCCCACUGUGGGUCGGCCUUAGGGUGGCUUGCAUCAGAGUUGAUAACAUAAAGUACAUAUAAAUUUAAAACCAUAAAUGACAAUAAAGUCUCACUAAGAAUAACAGUUCUUACAAUUUGUGCACAUUCCAACAUCCUGUCUGGGGAAUAGUCUGGGCUGGCUGCCAUACAAUAACAAACCAGUAACAAAGCAGUUUAAGGAUGGCUUUGGAUGUUACAACAGGUCUGGGAGAGGAAAUGUGUUUCCUUAUCUUGUUUGAUUUCUGAAGGAAGGACAUGUGCAUCUCCCAUGAUUGUGUAUGGUCAAGCUUUCCCCACAUGAACCUCUCACAAGAGAGGGAAACAUAAGAGACUCUUUCUUUUAGCAUUGUGGUCAAAACCAGGAAGCGCAAGUCGCUGGGCCUUCCUGUCCUUCAACACUUUGUAACCUCCAGAGUGGUUCCUGUCACAUGACCGUCUCAAAUGGCGAUCCUAACAAAAGUCACCACACACAUUUAGCACUUAUAAAUUGUUUUCCCUUCGUUCCUAAAGAAUGUAUUGUAAAGUUGCUUAUGAAGGCAAAAAAUUUUUUUUUUACAAAAGCACAAGUUAACACUUAUUUUUUUAACAUAUAUAAGAAGAAAAAAUAUAUUUGGUGGAUUUUAAAAGAUGUUAAAUAUAUUUUUGCAUGUAACGCUAUCUGGCAUAUAAACAAUAAACACGCCGACAACAGAAUAUUAUACAGAAUCCAGCAGGCCCUUUCCCAAGCAACUUGGACAUUACUUUAACGAUCACCUGGACAUCUUUUAUGCCAAUAUUUACACUCACGCUCACAAAUUCAUGUUCUCCUGCUACAAACGUUGCUCGCCCCCCAAAAACUAACGUAGAGCACAGUUUUCAAACGCUUCACCAAGUCUCUUUUAGGCCAUCACCAUGCCCACAGAAGUGCCUGGUCACGCUCACCAUAGAGGCUGUUCUAGAAAGGGAAAAGAGGCAAUAAUUUAAAAAGAACCCACUUCAGUAUCUAUCCCUAUGAUUAAAAUGGUGGAUGGAUGGCUGACAACACGCUUUACAUAGAGCACUUGCUCACAGGGGGCAUAUAAAGGACAUCAGGUUAAGAUGCAAAUCUAAGCCCUCCAUCCCAUGUUGCCCUGAGGAUCCUUGAACAUAUAGAACUGCAUAAUAAUUGGUUCAUAAAUACAUGUUCUUUCACCUUAGACCGUCAGGUUGGAAUGACCAAUCUCAGACCGAACCUUCAUAUCCCCUCACCUCAAUCAUGACUUCUCAAGGGAAUCCUAUCAGGUCUAGACUCCAGGGUGACUAGUCACACAUUUCAUGGUGGCAGACCCUGGUUUGCUAAUGAAUGUAGGUAAACCUCCAUUGUUCGCUGAUGAGUAUUGGGUGUACCUGUAUGAUAAACCUGCUUGCCUCUGUGCAUGGUGGUUUCAUUCGCUCUUUUAUGAUGUUAAGUGUGUACCAACCAAUAUAAUGUAAAAAUUGGCUUAUACUUAAAUACAAAGGAUCUGUUGUUGAGUAAUCAAAUUAUGUUCAUCCCAUGCAGGUAGUGGGCAGGGGAAACUUUUAGAAGUGCUUGUGCAAACAUCCUCGCAGUUUAUGUUCUAGCAAUGCAUUAUUCAUUUGAAUUGCACAGAACCGCUGAUCCUUUCGAAGCAAAAUUGUACACAGACAAUUCAUUAUACUGGACAGGGUGCUGUUAAAUGAGAAUCUAUUUUUCACAGUUUGCUUGUUAGUGUGAGGAAUUCAGCCCUAUCUCAGUAGAGUUUUAUGCAAAGGGAGAAGUUCACCCGAUGAUCUCUGGGAUGUUGUGUGGUUUCUGGGCUGAUGAUCUCCUUUUGCUCUUUGUAACAAAUAUCAGUAUUGAUUAAGCAGGCAACCCAAGCCCACAGGUCAGCUUUAGCGGUCGUAUUGCAAAUGGUGGUUUGUGUCAUACACGCUUCAUCCUUCACUUGGCACAUGGGGAGAGGUGGGUAAAGAUGUCAUGCUGUUCCUGAGACAGUUUGUGUCCUUUUCCCUGACUCUGGUUUAUUGGCCCCUUUUUCCAUGCUCUGGACUAAUCCUGCCAUUGCAAAGAGGAUGGAGAACUGUUAUGGUGAAGCGGUGGCGAUUGCUGCCACUGUGCCAGCGCUUAAGCUGAGAAUGUGUUCCUUUGCCAGAAAAUAUUGUCCUCACAAACUGACUCUGUGGGCUGGUACCAGCUAAUUAGGUCCAAACUAGACAUAACUGCAUCCGUAUGUCUGCCAAGAGGACACUGUCAACAUUGUAAAGUGAUUUUAAAAGUCGUGACAGUAGCAUGGUGCUCUUGUUCUCCCCUCACGCAGCCUAGGCCUUUUCAACUGCUCGAAUAGCCGCAGUGUGGGGGUUCAGCCAUUUUGACACAAUAAUGUUUGGGGGGAGAGGACAAGAGCCUCCCAGCCCACCCAAGGGCCUAAUUGGGCCCUUGUGACAUUUUAAAACCACUGUAACAUGGCAACAGUGUCUUUGUGGCAGCCACAAGGAUGCCAUCACACCCACUUCGGGCCUUACUUCAGUUAAGUCUCCACCCAUUUCUAUGAUUGAGCCAAUGGUGUACAAUUCCAGUAGUAUCAGGGAGGGUUUGGUUAUUGGUUAAUUAGGUGUAUGUAGGUGUCUUUGAAAGAUGACAUGAGAGAGAACUUCUGAAUGAUCUGUACCCAUGGGGAAGGAUUUAAAACCACUUUCCUCAUAUUCUGAGAAUCCCACAGAUUACACUAAGACUGUCUGCAAAGAUUCAAAUUGUUAAAAAAAAGGCUCUGUAUUCCUGCACUAUUCUCUUAUCCUCCCAGAGGAGGGCAAAUGCAUAUGAUUGUAUCAGAAUUCCUUUCCCUGUUUGUCCUUUGCUUCAGGGCCUAAUUCAUGACCCAAACAAAAACUCUGUAAACCCAAUAAUCAUUUUGUCAUCAUUCUCAUGGCAAAAUAGAAUGCAAAUUGACUGCGCUUUAAAGGAGUCUGGAUUGAGAUGCCAAAGUCGGAAAUCUGGAUUUGCGCCUAAGCUUGGUUUAUUGCUCUUACUUUUUCGGCAGAUGCCAGAAAUAAUUGGUCUGAUAAUCAGGUGUGUCUGUCUGUCUUGCACACGCAGAGAGAAAUAAAUGACUUGCCAAAGAAUGUAUACAUAUUAUCAGGGGGCAGUGAUGAACAAAAAGUGAAAUGGGAUGUGGUAUAACCAGCACAAAAUGAGAAAGAACCACCACCCCCUUGGUUGCUGAAGGAACAACCCAAAAAUUUAGACAAGAAUAUAUUAAAGUGCAGCAAUAUAUAAAAGUGCAGUGCAAUAAAACUGUAUACAAAUAGUAGAAAAUUCCUAUGUCACAAUACAAUCAUAGCCUUAGCAACAUAUAAAUAAAUGUGCCAAGAAACAUACAGAAGGUAGGUGAAUUAAGCACCAUCCAUGUAAGGCUGCUUGACUGUAAUACAACUGAUGAGGUCCCAAAACAUAUUCAGAAGACUUAAUUCACAGUGCAUAUGCUGUCUUUAUAUACUGUUUUUUUGGAACUUGCUUUGGGAUUCCUUAAUAGACAUAGGAUGAGAGAAAGCAACAAGCGUAAAUCGGUCCAAAUCCACAAAGCCAUAAUAGUCCAAAAUGACUAAAAUCAGAGGCAGACUUUGCUUCCUGCUUGGUAUACACAGUCCCAAGUUUUAUGCCUCUAUUUUUCAGUUGUGUUUGAUAGACAUGGUUUUUGGUAGGGGUUAGAAACCUCCCAGUGUCCUAUACCAGAAGUAUUCUUCUGGUGGACUGUAUGUCUGUUAAAUUUCAGUUCGUUAUAUCCCAGGAUUAAGUUGUGACUGGUUCAGUAAUUUUAUGGAUAUAUUAUUCCACUGAAGACUACCAUUAUUGAAAACAAGGAUUUCAGCCAGUUGCGUUGCAGUCUAGCAGCCUUAUAUGAAUGGUGCUUAAUUCACCUACUUUUUGUAUACUUCUUUGAGCAUUUGUAUGUUGAAAGACUGCUUUGCUAAGACUAUGAUGAUAUUGUGACAUAGGAAUUUGUUGUUCUUUCAGCAGCCAAGGGGGCGACGGUUCUUUUUCGUUUUGUGGAAGUGAUGCACAAUCAUAUAGAGAAAUCAAUGCUGAAAAUGUCCAUAGUAUGCAACCCAUAUGCAAAAGCCCAUAGUCUCCAAGCCAUGUAGACAAGCUGAGCUACCAAACAAAAAUCUCCUUCUAAUUUAACUGGUUGCCACGUUGUUGUCAAUCCCAGAAGUUCCUAUAAUUUUUGCAAUAUUUUGCCAAGAAUUUCAAAGUUCAUAUCAAACUUGUGCCUUGUCUUCGCUCGUAAAAAAAGCUUGAUCCUGUUAUCUGGAGGGAAAAAUACAAGUGGGGGGAGGUGUCCAAUAAAAUUUUACUUCCAGAGACUUAUGUGCACUUUCCCUUAGAAACUGGUAAGAUGUUCACUUCCAUUAAAUCCAUGUAUGUAAACUGUAUGUUUCUUAGGGAAAAUUAGCCAAGUCUGUUCAGUUAUGUUGAUUGUGUAGGUAUUGCAUAAUUUUUGAAUAGAAUGAGACAGAAGGCUUUCUUCUGGGAUACCAAAGUGGCCAAUAGAAUAAAGACUGAAAUUUGCUUUA